UAAUGUGUAAUCAGUAUUCAAUAAGACCUAUUUCCUUUCUAUCUCUCUGCUGUGUUUGUUGUUGUUUAAUUAAUUGAAAGUAACACAAGAACCAUGAGACUGCAUAAAAGAUCACUUCAGAGCACUGUGAUGUUUGUUUAACUCACCUCUGAGCUCCAGCCUCUGUUUUGUUUUUGCAGAGAGACAUGCUGGACGUCAAUCAGAUUAUGAAAGACUUGGCCAGCAUGGUGCAUGAACAAGGAGACACCAUAGACAGCGUUGAAGAUUACAUUCAGACCACCUCAUCGCAUGUGGAAUCAGCCAAUCACGAGCUUGCAAAAGCUAGUCAUUAUCAGAAAUUCCUGUUUCCUGUGAUCUCUCCUCAACUUCCCAGCAAAAUGAGUCUACAUGUAGAGGUUCACCUGCGCUCACUUCCUCUCUUCUUAUCUCUGUCUGUACUUCUGUCGGAUUAUGUGUACGCAAGUAUGGAAAUGUGUGUGUGUGUGUGAAUGUUCAUUAAAAUAGUCUAUUUUUAAUCAGUGCUUUGUACUGUAAUGUGCAAUUAAUUGCUCCUUACCUCUUCAAAGUGGAUUCGAAUCAAAGAACAAAAUCCAAAUAGACUAAAUGUUGCUCUAGGCUUUUAUGCCACCGUUAAAAUCUCCUUUCUGUCAUUUAUCUCUGAUUCUUGAGCACUGAGACAAAACUGGCUGUGGUCUUGUUUGCCUGUAAUUAAAUUUGGAUUAAAAAACAAAAAAAAAAAGAAUUAUAAUAAUAAUUUUAAAAAGUUUAAUUAAGGUAGUUUCAUACUGAUUAUUUCUUAUAAUUUGUAUGACAGAGUUAGAAUGUCAAGGUUAUGAAACAAAUAUAACCACAAUAAAUUAAAUGGUACAUUUGUGUGAUAUCACCUGAUUCAUUUCCCAGUCAGUGUUUUGUCCCAUAUCUCAAGAAUCAUGCUAGUUCUCAUAUCAGCUCAUAUUGAUCUUUUGCUACUUACACUGUGCUCAAAAUACAUGCGUAUAUUUAUUUUUCUAGGGCGCAAAUAUAUAAACUGUGUCAAAAGUGUCAUUCUUUUUAGGAACAUUAUUUGUAAGACAAUUAUCUGUUAUAAAGAAAAAUAACUGGUACAUUUCUCUUUAAAUAUUGUAACCUGCUGUCUGUGUUAAUAUUCAUUAUCUAAGUUGAUUUUUAAUUCUUUAUUUGCUUGCUUUUAUUAAACAGCACAAUGUAAAAAC